AUGGUUUUAGAAUUGUUAAGUGACGCAACUGGUAUCCCGGAGCCAGUGCUUCGAGUACUCUUCUCUAUUCUUCUUGCCUAUCCAAUUGCUCUUUUCUAUCACAUAGCUUUGCUCCGUCCGAUAAACUUAAAAAAUGCACCUGCAAUUCGCAAUUUUUAUAUUGUCAGCACUGGACUCGCGUUGGCAUACUUUUUUAAUGGUCCGGAUAUAAUUCAUUCAUUGAUAACGACAACAGUUACCUGGCUACUAAUGUGGUUCGGAAACGCGAUAGAUAAUCGAAAAUUUGCAACGGCAUUGAUCUUUAUUUUCAAUAUAACCUAUCUUACCCUUGGGUAUUAUUAUACCGCGACCGAUGAAUAUGACAUUGAUUGGACUAUGACUCAAUGUGUGUUAUGUCUAAGAAUGAUUGGAUUUGCGAUGGAUUUCAUGGAUGGCGUUACCUUAUUGAAAUCGAAAGAAAGCCCCGAUGAAAAAACGACUAGUGACAAUAAACCCGCGGCAACUGCUAAUCCAUCAUCCAAUAUAAAACAUGAAUUAACGACGCCGAGACGUGUACCUCAUAAACAACCAGUAUCAUUCGAAAAAGAUUGCAGAUUGGCGACUUUACCGUCGUUUUUAGAGACAAUUGGUUAUGCAUACUUUUUUGGUGCUUUUUUAAUCGGUCCCCAAUUUUCAUUCAAGUUAUAUCGAAAAUUUAUUACUUUUUCCAUAUAUCCCAAUCCUACUUCUAUUCCUUCCGGAUCAUAUAAAUUCGCGUUAAAAUGUUUUUUACUUGGUGCGAUUUAUUUGGGAGCACAUCAAAUUGCCGCUGGAUUUUUCCCUAUUAAUUAUCUAAUUACAGAGGAAUAUUCUGCCAGACCUUUCUGGGAAAAGCUAGCGUUUAUGUGGUUUGCUACAAAAUUCUCCUUUACAAAGUACCUCGGCGUUUGGACAUUGGCGGAAGGUGCAUGCGUUUUGUCUGGAAUAUCUUUCAAUGGCUAUAACGAAAAAGGACAAGCUGAAUGGGAUGGUUUAUCGAAUGUAUCAAUAUAUCGCUUCGAGUUCGCCACGUCAUUAUCACAAAUUGUGGCCGCGUUCAAUACCAACACAAAUCUUUGGUCCAAGCUCUAUAUCUUUAAACGUUUGAUGUUUCUCGGAAACAAAAAUCUUUCGUCGAUCAUAACAUUAUUCUUCCUUGCCGUCUGGCACGGCACUCAUGCCGGCUACUUUUUGUGCUUUUCCCUAGAAUUUUUCGAUAUUGAAGUGGAAAGAAGAUGGUCGAAACGUUUGGAACCAUAUACCAGACCACUUUAUGAUGUAAAGAAUCGGGACAAGCCGUUGAUUCAAUUACUGAGAAGGUUACAUCUGUUCGCUUGCUGGUUUGGACAGACAUGUGGAUUGCACUAUGCAAUGGUUCCUUUCACUCUUUUAAGAUGGGAAUACUCGCUUAAAGCCUGGGGAGCUGUAUAUUAUUGUGGGCAUAUUGUUUUUGUAUUGUUAUUUUUGGAUAUGAUUUUACCAAAGCGACGGGAAAAGAAAUCUACCGAGCAUGUAAAUACAGUCGAAAAUGUAAAAUUAAAUGGCGAGUCGAAGAUUAAUGGCUACGCGAAGAUCAAUCAAAAUGGCGCGAUCAAAACGGAAUAA